GGAUGGAUUUGUUAGUUCGUUGUAUUUUGGUGGCUGAACGUUUCGUGGUGGCAUUGAGUAGGUAUAACAGGUAUCAGGGAGGAGAGGAGCUACAAGAGGUGGGAUGUCAUAUCAUGAACACACUACUUCAUGGCUAGUUAAGGUGCUGUGAUGUUGGUCAGAUCGUUGUUGACUGCUUACUGUUUGGCGGAAUCGGCUGGUUACUUUAUACACAUUGAUGCAAACGAAGAGCAAUGCUUCUUCGAUCGUGUAACAGCUGGCACUAAGAUGGGUGUGAUAUUUGAAGUUGCCGAAGGAGGAUUUCUUGACAUUGACGUGAAGAUUAUCGGUCCUGACAAUAAAGAAAUCUAUAGAGGAGAACGAGAAAGUUCGGGUAAGUAUACUUUUGCAGCACAUAUGGAUGGACCAUAUACGUAUUGUUUUGGGAAUCAGAUGUCAACAAUGACUCCAAAAGUGGUCAUGUUUUCAAUGGAAAUUGCGCAACCUGGACAAAUGGUACCAUCUGAAGCAGGACAAGGUGUUAAUGAUUCUUCAGCGGAUAGCCUUAAACUGGAAGAAAUGGUACGAGAACUAUCAUCGGCAUUAACAUCUGUCAAACAUGAGCAAGAAUAUAUGGAGGUGCGAGAGCGUGUACAUAGGUCAAUAAAUGAGAACACAAAUUCGAGAGUGGUUCUAUGGGCUAUCUUUGAAGCUGUGGUUCUUGCUUCGAUGACCGUUGGGCAAAUAUUUUAUCUAAAGCGAUUUUUCGAAGUUCGUCGAGUUGUAUGA